GAUAAAUUGAACCCCUAAACCCAAACGGAAGCACGAAGAUUUCCACCUACCCGCACCGCCACCGAAAAGCUUCCACAUCUCCUUCCAUCAUCAAAUUAUAGUCUAAGUUAAAGAAGACGCCUGUGCAGAGACACAGAAACCCAUGGCUUCUUCUAAGCCUCUGAAGUGGUCUUAUUCCUUCUCUGUUUUCUUCUUCUCCUUCUCCUUCGUAGUGUUACAAGUAAGAGGAGCAGCCAAGACUGCCCCGGUGGUGGGAAACAUCUCUAAAGUGGACGACGCCCAGCUAUUCCACAUAUACUAUGGGCAGAGUUUCAAGGUCAUCAAGAACAGCAUUGAUGGGAAGAGCUACCUUCUCAUGCAGAAUAAUUCUAGGAUGGCGUCCCGGACUAAGUACUGCACGGGGAGAAUCAAGUCUUUUGUGAUCCCGCUCUCCAAUUACUCUGUUGACACUACCAAUUUUCCUGUGUCGUUCUUCGAGUUGCUGGGUUUGCUAGAUAGCUUGAAGGGCAUAACAUCAGAUGAAGUAACAUCACAAUGUAUACUGAAGUCGUUAACAAGUGGCAACAUCCAGCUUGUCAACAGAACGGAUAUACAACAACUCUCACAAUUCUCAGCACACUUCAUAAGCAAUGUAGAUGCAGAGCAAGCCUGCAAUUUUGCAGCCUUUGUACCUAUGGAUGAAAGCACUCCUUUGCAGAGAGCAGAAUGGAUCAAGUACUUGGCAACUUUCACAAACUCAGAAGCCCGCGCCAAUUCAGUGUACGAUGCAGUUAAAGCAAACUACAUUUGCUUAAGCAAAUCUGCAGCAAACCUUAAAUCCCGAUUCAAACCUGUUGUAGCUUGGGUGGAGUAUAACCAGGGUAUAUGGUCUUUUGCUAAAGAAGAUUACAAGUUGCAAUAUGUGACUGAUGCUGGAGGUGAGAAUGUGGAUGGUACCAUCACUAACAAUCUCUACAAUGUUUCAGAUCCAGAGGAUAUGGAGAACUUCCAUGCCAUCCUUUGUACUGUGGACGUGGUUAUUGAUCAAACUUAUGCUUUGAAGCCAGCAGAGUACACAUUAUCAACAUUCCUUGAGAACAUGGAUAUUGGAGACAGCUCUUGCUUUGGCUUUAUCACCAAUCAGAGCCUGUGGAGAUAUGAUAAGAGAAUGCGAGAUUCUGCAACACUUGGUGCUUGUGAUUUGGAAGAUUGGUUUGAUGGAGCCCUUGCACAGCCCCAGCUGGUUUUAGCUGAUCUAAUUGAAGUGUUCUUUCCUACUGGCAACUACACCACUACAUACUUCAGAAAUCUUGCCAAGGAAGAAGGGGUGACAGGUAUUGGUCCUGACAUGUGCGACAAAAGUACUUCCACACCCAUGGAGCCUACCGUUGUGCCUUGUAAAUGAAGAAACUGAACCUGAAGACAUAUUUUUAGAUUAUUCCUUGGUGAAUUAUAAGGGUAUGACAAGUUCAAGAAGGAUGUUUGAAACUUCUUCAAAGAUAACAUUGUUAUGUUUUCAUUUCUACAGAAUUUUAUAGGUAAUAUUGUGUUGCUAGAACUAUCAUGUUUGAAAUUA